ACCUCAUUAACAUAUAGCUACAGAAAAUGUGUGCUAUGCGGUGAUGGAAAAGGACGAAUAUUCUCACUGUUUUCACAACAUAAAUGAUUUUGAAUCAUAAAUAUUACAAGGAUGGCACAUUUAAGGAUACUUAGGGCACAGUUUAGACAUAUUGCGAUCAACCGAUCCGUACAUUUUAGGAGUGGAACGGCUGUGAGAAAAAUUGCAAGAUGUUCCUUUGUAACUCCACAGUUUACUAUUGACAAAACUGGUCAUCGGUGCAGUAAACAUCAAAUAUGCCCAGAAUUUUCGUAUCAAACAAGACUGCAUGGAUCUCACUCACAUUCUAAUGACGUGGACGAUGAUGAAAACUUCAACUUCGAUUCAGAGGAUGAUGUGAGCGGAGAAGAUCAGGAUGUAGCCUCCUCCUCCUCCUCCAGCAGUGAAAGACAAUGUUUAUACGAUGAUCACAUCCCGACUACUGAGUUGCAGAAAGGAUUGCUUGCUGUGGGAUCCGCUGUCAUGUCCCUCUAUGACCCAUAUCGAGAUGAUAUGAUUGCAACACUGGGAGAGGUUACUGGACAUAGUGCACUGAGAAAACUUCAUAGCAAGAUGCUUGAUGAUCCAGAAGGAAGAGUCGUCUUGAGUGACCGACCACGAAUCAACACAAAAACUGUAAAUAUGGAUUGGUUGACGAGUCUACCAGAAGGAACGCUGGGCAGAGAGUAUGUGGACUUUAUGAAGAAAAAUAAAAUAACCUCAGACACGCGUACUUCAGUUCAGUUUGUGGAUGACCCCGACUUAGCCUACGUGAUGCAACGCUAUCGUGAAAUACAUGAUUUCAACCACGCCUUACUGGGCAUGCCCGCCACGAUGGUAGGAGAGGUGGUUGUGAAAUGGUUUGAGAUGAUCAAUACUGGGUUACCUAUGACAACCUUGGGGGCGCUGUUCGGACCACUUGGUGUGAAGAGGAGGCACCUUGGUAAGCUCUUCAGUGUUUACAUACCAUGGGUGAUCCAGACGGCACCCCGAGCAAAGCUUCUACUCAACGUCCAUUUUGAGAAGCGCUGGGAGCAACCUCUGACUGAGCUGCACAACGACAUUGGCAUGACACCCUUCAGCAAGGAGAGAUGACAACGCAGGACAUAUGACAAUAUUGACAAUUAUACGAUGUGCAGAAUGUAAAAACAAUCAAUAGAGAUUUGCUGGGGCACCUUAAUGUUUCUCCUUCAUGGACCUACUGAACUCCACAACGACAUUGGCGUGACGCCUUUCAGCGAGAGCUGACAACACGCAAAGACAUCAAAAGUCAACAUUUUGAAGGAUGUAAAGGAGAAUAGACAUUUUAUGUGGCCCUUGAAUCAGACCCACCACAACUCUUAAGAGCUACAAUAAGAUGAUACUGCAAACCUCAUAGUAGUGACUUCCAUAAGUUCACAAAGUUGGUUAGUACAAAUUCCUCUUAUCAACUUCCUUGGUCAGCACCCAUAAUUGGGUUUUCUGUCCUUACCGAGGUGCCAUCUUCAAGAGUGGUGUCCUUGCAUUACCUAUACGCCUCUCUUAAUAUUUAUGCAUGAGGUACGUCACAAUGCUAACCCAAAACGAGGCGAUGGGCGCAGCCACUGCAAGUGAUGGGGUACGUGAGAAUUAUGACGUCAUGCAUAUAGGAUUCAAACCACCUUGUUAUUGGUAAAGCUUAUUGGUCAAAGCACUUCAACAUCUGCUCUACAAUGCAAAGGCUCAUGGGUCCACAUCCGACCUAAGGUUCCUCUGGGUUUUGGGGUUUUUUUUUCCCCAGAACUCAAAAACAUCUAAAAAUAAAACGUCAUUCCUCGUCUUCUCUCCAUUUGGGUUCUUGGCUAGUAAAGUGACAAAGUUUACUUUUCUGAGAGUCCUUGGCUUAACAACCAGAACAAAUGAAAUGAAAGCACAAAGAACACACUAUUAAAAAAAAAACAAAUUUACACCAAAAGUAAGUGAUCAUCAUUGAAACACUUGCUUCAAUUUGUUUUAUUUUUUUACAACUUAAACCAUGAGACAUAAAUAUUUCAAAUCAGAAACAAAACAACGGGAAACAAUUUAACGCCAAUGAUUAAAUACAAAUCUUGAAGCAGUACUGUACGUCUUAUUUGAUGUGCUGCAACAAAACAUGAUAUAUGAUUAUUUUUACUCUUUGUAUUUGUAUGUACACAGUUAUUAGGAAUAAAAUUAAAAUAAAAGAUUAUUACUUUACAUGUUUUAAAAAGUGCUGUUUUUUUAUUUUAGUUUAUUAUUUUGUUAUCGAGUCCAGGGAAGGACUUCACAAAGAUUUGCAGACUUGCCUUAUCUCAAGUUAGGACGAGUUACUAACUUAGGACUAGCCUUAAGUUUUUAAGAACGCCUAAAGAGUCCUCGGACUAGUCCUAAGUUGGACUAUCUUUGUGAAAUCGACCCCUGGUCAACUAUGACUUAAUGAUGAAGUCCACUUUGUGGUUCCAUUGCUAUAGACCAUUUAACAAAAAAGGUACCUUGUACUUUCUAGAGUCUUUUCUGGCAUUAAAGUACACUGGUCAUUGGGGGAAAAAUUGUUACCAGCCGAAAAACUUCUUUUAUGUCAUUCUCCAUUGUUCGAGGAACUAAAGGACGAGUCACACUGCAGUGAUAACGAAAACAAUAACGAUAACGAUGCAAAGAGAACGCAUUCUAUUGGUUGAAUUGCU